CAGCUCCUCCUCCAGAUCGACAAGCUGUCUUUCGCCUGGCAGAUCAGAGGCUUGGAAAGGUCACCUUUCUCUCCGGUUCUCCUCCCUCAGAUCUAGGCGCCUUGGUUUGGGGAUAGUCCCAGUCCAUCACAAGGCCACAAACCUCCUAGGACAAAAAGAAAAUCAGAACCACAGCAAUUUCUCGACUGGAAAACCUGUACAUUUUCUUUUUUGAACUGCUACAAAGACAUACUUACCAAGGGGACGUAUCUGGGAUAUUUAUUUUUUUCUACUUCUGAUACUGUAUUUAUUCUGGAAUCUGGAUAAUCUGGAGCUCAAUUGGGUACAGCGACUGGAUCUAUGCAGUGAUGGCUGGGAGAUUGGUGGAUUCUCUGGUGGCUUUGGGCUAGAGCCCCUAACAGUGUCCAGGGACGAAUCAGGGUGCUCGUCACCCUCCAGUCGGUCAAACUCUCCUUCUUUCCACAUCCCGGAGCCUCCCCUCACUCCCUCUCCCCUUCCAUCUCCUAUUUCUCCUUGUCUGUCACCAGCAGCAACCAUAGGAGCCGAAUGGCAACCCAAACAGACUCUAGCCGCAUGUUCAGUCUCUCUCACCAUCCGCGAUGGCAACCGGAACACCCAUCCAGAGAACAGAAGACACAGAGGCACCGAACCAAAACCAGAUCUGACAGACCGAAAGCAAAAGUGAAAGUGAAUGCGAACAACUCCCAUCCCAUUGGAACCCAAACAACCAUGGCGAUCCGCAACCACAGCUCUUGGAGCUCCUGGCUGCUGAUGCCGCUGAUAAUGAUCUCCUGCCUGCCCUGUCAAGCCUGGGGCACCACCUUCAAGAUAGCCCUGGUGGGGCCAUGGACAUGUGAUCCCAUGUACUCAAAAGCCCUGCCCGACCUGGCUGCCCGCAUGGCCAUGGACCGUAUCAACAAGGACCCACAUUUAAGCAAAGGCUACUGGUACGACUACGCGCUGGUGCACGAGGAAUGCCAGACAUCGAAGGCUCUAGCACGCUUUGCCGAUCUGGAAAGUUACGGGGCGGUCUUCCUGGGUCCGGCAAACCCCGGCUACUGCUUAUCAGCUGCCCUAAUGACAAAGAACUGGGAUAAGGGGAUCCUGUCGUGGGGGUGUCUGAAGCCGGAUAUGAGCGAGGGGAUGUACCCCGGCUUCCUGCGCCCGAUGCCCCUCACGUCUCAGGUGCUCUUCUCAGUCCUGCGCUUCUUCAAGUGGGCGCACGUCAGCAUCAUCGCCGAGGAAACGGACCUGUGGGAGGCGACGGGGUACGAGCUGGCGUCGUCACUGCGGGACCUCGGCCUGCCCGUGGGAACCGUGUCCAUCAUGGAGCUGGACCAGGACGGCCCUCGCAGGGCACUGCAGAAGAUCAGAGACUCAGACCACUCCAAAGUGAUCAUCAUGUGCAUGCAUUCAGUACUGAUAGGAGGCGAUGCUCAGUACAAGCUGCUGACCACAGCGAUGGACUUGAGGUUGAUCGAUCGGGGCUACAUCUUUAUCCCCUAUGACACCCUGCUCUACUCUCUGCCCUAUACGAACGCAGAGUAUCCCAUCCUCAACGACGACGUCAAGCUGCGGCGCGCCUAUGAUGGAGUGCUCACCGUCACCAUGGACCAGGGAGAGAACAGCUUCUUUGAGGCCUUCAAAGAGGCCCAGACCAACAACGAGGUCCGCACUAGCACACCAGCAGAACAGGUUUCUCCUUUCUUCGGCACCAUCUACAACAUGCUCUACUACACGGCCAUGGCAGCUGAGCAGCAGAGGGAAGCCACCGGGCGCUGGGUGUCGGGCAGCGUGUUGCCGGACGGCGAGGGUGGCUUUGAGUUCGACGGCUUCAACCAGCCCGUGUACGGUGGCACCGGGGGCGAGGGCAUGCAGGUGAAGUUCGUCGUGUUGGACACCGACGGCAAAAGCGGCAGGCUGCAGUCCACACACAUCCUGGACGCGCCGCACACCGCCGGCAAGUUUGGCGGGCUGAAGUAUCUGGGCCGCUCCAUUCACUUUGCCGGGUCCACCCCCAGCCACGACUCCAACUGCUGGUUCAGCCCCUACAUCACUUGCACAGGAGGUAUCAGCGGAGUAACCCUUUUAUUCCUGUUCCUCUUUCUGGUUGCUGUGGGAGGAGGAGGCUUUGCCUAUGUGAAGAAAGGGGGUUUUUCAGGCUUCAGUUUAGGUGGAGGCGGAGGAAAUGGCAAGACAGUUCUCAAUCUGGACGACCUGGUCUUCAUCAACACGGCGCUCAGCCGAAGGAACCUGAACCAAGACAGCAUGGUGAAGAGUCAGCUGGAUGUAAAGACUCCUCGUCACUCUGUAUCCGGCCGAAGCUACAUCACCUCCACCCCUGACUGCUCCAAUGUGGCUGUUUUAGAGGGUGACUGGGUGUGGUUGAAAAAAUGCCCCAGUGCUGGACCAGUCACUAGUGUUACUGAUACUACUCUGACUAUUUUUACACAGUUUACGGACAUUAGGCAUGAGAACUUGAAUCUAUUCCUGGGGCUGUUCUUGGAUCAUGGGAUAUUUGGCGUCGUAACAGAACACUGCACCAGGGGAAGCCUGGAAGACCUCAUCAACAGUGAGGAGAUGCGCCUGGACUGGAUGUUCAAGUCCUCCUUACUGUUGGACCUUGUCAGGGGGAUGAAGUAUCUGCACAACAAAUGCAUCAUCCAUGGACGGCUGAAGUCUCGGAACUGUGUUGUGGAUGGGCGCUUUGUGCUAAAGGUGACAGACUACAGCUUCACAGAAAUCCUCAGGGGCCAGGGAGUCAUGCUGGACGAAGGCUCACCAGAGGAGCUGUUGUGGACUGCACCAGAGAUCCUGCGGGACCCCAGCUUGGCGUGCCCUGGGACGUACCCAGGAGAUGUCUACAGCUUUGCCAUCAUCAUGCAGGAGGUGAUCUCGCGAUGCGCCCCCUUCUGUAUGCUGGACAUGCCUCCGAAAGAGAUUAUAAGCAAGGUGAAGUCCCCCCCUCCACUGUGUCGGCCGGAGGUGUCUUUGGACGAGGCCCCCCUGGAGAUCCUCCAGAUCAUGAAGCAGGCCUGGAGCGAGGAGCCAGAGAAGAGGCCAACGUUUGAGGAGAUCUUCCGGCAUUUUAAGAACGUGAGCAAAGGCAAGAAGACCAACAUCAUCGACUCCAUGCUGCGCAUGUUGGAGCAGUACUCCUCUAACCUGGAGGACCUGAUCAGAGAGCGGACGGAAGAGCUGGAGGUGGAGAGACAGAAGACAGACACACUCCUGGCUCAGAUGUUGCCCAAGUCUGUAGCCCAGGCCCUGAAGACAGGGAAGCCUGUGAAACCAGAGCACUUCGCCUGUGUGACGCUGUACUUCAGUGACAUAGUGGGCUUCGUCACCAUCUCGGCUAUUAGCACGCCUAUCGAGGUGGUCGACCUGCUCAACGACCUCUACACAUGCUUUGAUGCCAUCAUCGCCAUGCACGAUGUGUACAAGGUCGAAACCAUUGGCGAUGCCUACAUGGUGGCGUCAGGUGUACCCAACCGCAACGAUAACCGACAUGCAUCUGAAAUGUGCAACAUGUGUCUGGACAUUCUACACAGUAUUGGGACCUUCCAAAUGAGACACAUGCCUAGUGUCAAGGUCAAGAUUCGCAUUGGCCUGCAUUCAGGCCCUGUCGUGGCAGGGGUGGUGGGCCUCACUAUGCCUAGGUACUGUCUAUUCGGGGACACUGUCAACACAGCCUCUCGAAUGGAAUCCACAUCGUUGCCUUACAGAAUCCAUGUCAACAAGAGCACAUGUGACAUCCUCUUGAGUUUGAAAAUGGGCUUUAAAAUAGAUUCCAGAGGCUUGACAGAACUGAAGGGUAAAGGGGUUGAAGAGACAUUCUGGUUGGUUGGUAAAGAGAGUUUCACCAAGGCACUGCCCAUACCUCCAGACCUUACUCCAGGGGCUAGUACCGUCGGCAUCAGUCUAGACGAGCUUCCACCAGAAAGAAGGCAGCAGUUCCUGGACCGACAGAAGAAAAUGACCUAAAAGCCAGCUGGGUGGUGGCGCCCUCCCUCCUGAAGUGACCGCUGCUGGGAAAGUAGGACAGAGGAGGCGCCUAGGAGUGAGGAGUUGACGGGGCUUUGCUGAAAUGGCCCCGCUGCCCUGGCCCUUGACUGAUCUUUUUCUUUCUCUUUCUUUUGACGCACAAAAAGAGUCUAAGUCUACUGCAGACAACAACAGAAUUACACCUGCAGUCGAGACAAUAGAGGAAAGCAUUGCAAACGGUCCAGCAAUGUAACGCGAUGAGACGGAAGAGCACGGACAGAUGGGUUUCAUAGAGAUUACACAAAGACUUCUGAAAUACAAUCAACUACACUCUGCUUGAGACAAACUCCUUACGGAGCAAGCGGAGAAACGAGAGGCAUCUGGGUGCAUAUAUUUUGUGAUAAAUACUGCAUGCAGUUCUGGAUACUCUCUAGGCAUGACAUAGAUAUAUCCUCCAUCAAAAGACCCAAAAAGUGCUUUUAUAGAAAACAACAGGUUAUAAAGUUAACAUGUAUAGGCUGCAUUUAAAAUAUAUACUGAAAUGUUUCAGUUGUAGUCUUAAAGGCUUACUAGUAUCUUCAAAUGAAAUAGUAGAAAUACUUAGUUGGUCUCGGACCAGCAAUAGUUAUUUUCUGCUCCCUCCUAUUUAAGCCCUAAAAAUGAACAUUGACGAGAUGAACCAAUUGCGUCAAUCAAACCAUAAUCCUAAACGCUUUUAAGUCCCAAUACAUGUGUACACAAAUCCACAGAGGGCAGUGAAACAUCUUUUGCAUUGCAGUUGUUUGAAUGCCAGCUCCCUUUAUGUGAUGGCUAAUUACAUUGUCUAUAGAGGUCAACUUGUCUGUGGACCACUGAAUGACAACUCACACCUGAUUACCUAAAAAUGCUUAAAUCAGUUUGCAUACAUUUCACAAUCAUACAUUAUAUGACAUUUGUGAAACUUUAAAACAAGUGUUAUUUUUUGUCCUGCAGAGAAAGGUAAUUUGAUGCAGUUUACUCUCUCACCUCUUGUUAAUAUUGUGUUAGCUGACCAUGCUUCUUCAUGAAGUAUAUAGAUGGGUUUGUUUAUUACAUUUAUGUACAUGAACUUCAUUUUUUUUUAAGAGCAAAAGGUUGGAAAACACAUUUUCUGUUACAAUGGCAGAAAGAUGUGAAGCAUAGCUGCCACUAAACUGUGUAACUAUACAAUUCAACAUUGUGUUGAAGUCUUUGAUAUCAUUGAGCUAAAGUUCCAGAUCUAUCCUGUUGCACAGGGCACCAUCAGCACAGCAUAGGCAUCUCAGGAGACGGUCCUGCUUGGACCUCUGGUAUGACAUACAUGUUACUGAUACAGAGUCUAUCUUGGUCUCAUAUACAAGGGCAUUGGUGUUAACUACAUCCCCGUUUAAAAUUGUUGUGUCAUUCUUGUUCUUGUGUAAAUAAACAUUUGGUUUAGUAAAAA